AACUAUUUUCACCCAGCGCAUACUCUUUUUUUUCUCUCCUAAUAAGAACAAGUCUUUUUUCCCUAGCUUCAUCGUCUUAGCUGAGGUACUGCUGUACAAAAUAUACUUACACACACACACACAAUACAGAAUGAGGGGAAGAAGUAGAAAACCAGUGAUUAUUGGCUUAGGGAUUGUUAUGCUCAUGGGUAUUUCUGUUUAUUUGAGGCUUUGGACUAUUGAUUAUCGCAUUUCUUCUGAAGACACUGAUUUGAUCAGGAGGCAAUUUGAUCUAGCUAAUAGGGAAGCAAUGGAUGAGUCUGCUGAAUGGAGACUUAAAUAUGACCAGGAGUUUGAAAAGGCUAACAAUUGUGCUAAUCAGCUCAAUCAGAUCAAGAAUUCGUAUGAAAAAAAGAUUAAAGAUGCUGCCAGCAAUACCAGGCAAUUGGAAAUGAUCCAAAAGGAAAAUAUAGGCUUGCUUGAACGGGUUGAGGCCUUAAAACAAGAGCUUGAAACUGAAAAACUGAAGUGUAGUAUGCGACAAACAUAGACAUGACUAAAGGGUUACCAAGAGAUGGCAGGCUUUUAGAGAGUUCAUUACACACGCAUCUCAUACUCUGAGUGUUACUAAUUUGCUAGUUUGCUUCUGAGUUUGAUUUGUGCUAGGCAAGCUACCUCCUGAGCACCAGUUUUCACAGUGUAUGUUGCAGCAUUUUGUUUGUUCAAUCAAAUGAUAUUUUCAAGUCAACAUCUUCAAGAUUUUCAAGAUAUAGGAACCGAAGUACAUUUACUUGGAGUAGGCUUUUGUAAUCAUGUCGCUUGUAUAGUACAUUUCAAAGCAAAUGAAGGGCAUUGCUUCAUUUUUCUACA